CCAUCUGAUCCCCAAUAUUAUUUUCAAAUUUUCAGACUAAGUUUAUGUUAUAAUAAACCAUCAUUCUCUCUCCAUCAUUCUAUUUUGUUUUUCCAUUGGGGUUUGAGAUUUCGGUUGGAAAAAUGGUUUCGAUGUUGAGCUCUCAAGGAAUGGUGUUAGCCACAGCUAUGGCAGUCUCUGGCACAGUAAUUCUACUUGCUUUUCGUCUUCAGAAAUCUUUGGAUCAAAUCUCCCUGCCUUCUCAACAAGUCCCCCGUUCUUGCAUAUCUUCUGAAGGGAAGAAGAAGAAAAAGAAAGUGCACUUCGCGGAGGAUGUGAUGGAUCCAAGGACUGAUGGUUCAGAGUUCAGGAAACAGCCGAGGAAUCGGGUUAGAAUCAACAGUUCAGCGGCGUCGGCUUUGAAUUCAACACCAAAGUUCAAGAAAUUUGGUGGAGGUAACGAUAGAGGGAUUCCUGCUAAUAGACUUGCUCUGUACAAUGGAAUUCUCAGGGAUCGUGUCGUUCAACGAUUGGCUUACUCUUACUGAAAAACAAAUUAGGUG